UUCAAAUUUAUUCCAUAUGAAUCAUUUAAAAUAAUUUAGGUAAGUUUAUUUUUCUAAUUUAGAUAUUCAUCCGAAUAUAUAUAAUUUAAUAGAACGAGGUUAGAGAUCAAACUGACGCCUUUAGGCAAAAGACGAGAAAAGCGCUUUUGAGUGCCAUCUGGAAGCCGCGUGGAUCCUCCCCUCUAAUCUGUGAAGCUGGGAAUCCGCGGUAAAUACUGUUGCAGUAGCCUUAACGAGAUAAAGCUCAGCACAAGUACCGCCCAAUGGGCAGCGCCCCACCAACGUCUCCAAACUCCGACGACUACUCCGCCUCCGCAACCCUAAUCCCCUUCCCCCAUUCACUACCCCUCUUACGUGGGCCCGUCAAAGCCGGCCCAAGGGACCAUCCCUCUACUGGUACGUACCUCCUCGCAUUCAAAAACCCACGUGCCUGGGCCGCCGCAUACGAGAAUUGUAAAGCUCAACUCACCUCGCAAUGCGAAUCCGGGGCGCGAAUUGGGUGCUCCAUUUCUGCUUCCACAAAAUGCAAAACCCCUUGGUGGAAAGUUCUUCUGGGUCUAUCGUCCGAACAGGACUUUAGUGAAAGAGCCAAGUGCGAGGAGAUUGAAAUGGAAGCUUGUUUUGCAGCUGCAAGAGAAAGGUGCGGUGUCUUUGCGAAGGACAAGUGCGGACCGGUGUUCAAGAAUGCCAGGAUUGAAGUGAGUGGUUUGGAUUUGAAAGUAGUGGAUCGGAAGGAGGUUUUCAGAUUGAUUUCUGGGGUGAGUUUUGGGAAUAAGAAAAGCCAUGGGGCUGGGGUUUGGGGAGUAGACAAGUCUUGGGAUGAGUUUUGGGGUAAAUAUGAGGUUACUACUGUUAGCGGCAGGGAUUUAUUUGGUUCCGAGGACAUGAACAUUGAGGAUUAUUUGAAAAGCAGCAGUUAAAAUUGGUAUUUUCGAGUUUGAGUAUAAGAUACUGAAUUUGUUUGUGGGAAUUGAGCUUUUCGGAAGCAUUGCUCGGGCUUCCAGUUGUGGAUUGCAACUGAAAUGUGAGCUUUGUUAAACAUUUUAUUCUUUGACUUCACUUUUUGAUGAACUAUGUUACGGUGUCUAAGAAUGUUGUUUCCAAACUUAUGAGGUUUUCACAUGUCUUGAUAAGAAUAACCUGAACCAGAUAAUAUGUCAUGACACACAAAAUUAAAUCAGCAUGUAUUCUCUUGCUAUAUUAGGUUUAGAGCAUUCUUUAUGCUCAGGUACUCCUGAGUACUUCAUUUCUGUGAUUCUUUGACAUAAACAUGUGUCACUUGGGACAAAGUAGUCCUUUCAAAGGACUGGACUACUAGAAUUGCAUUUUCUUAGUUCUUUGUAUUGCUUUGUUGUCUUGGUCAUAUAGUAAACUGCACCAGUAUACCGAUGCAUGAGUGUGAGGUCUCACCAACAUUACAUCAACGUUUGAAAUUUAUAGUUAAAGAAAUACUUACCAUGAGAGCGUUUGAAAUUUGCAACCCCCACAACCACAGAACUUGAAGAAUUAGUUUCUGUUUUUUGCCAAAUUUAACAAGAUGACUCUUGAAACAUAGGUCGGAAAUUUAAUUUGACAUUGGGAAAGAAAUAUAUAUCUGUAUUAGAGUUAGAAGGGAAAAAUAAACUCAUCUAGAAUACACAGAGGAAAUGCUUUAGAAUAUUUGAUCAGUUUUGAUCAGUUGUAUAAGACAAUUAACAAAUUUGUGUAAUACUUGCAACUUGAACAGUUUCACCAGUGUCUUAUGCUCUCUUAUUAAAUGUAAUAUUGCUAUCUGUAAAAUCAAGUUUGCAGGUCUCAAUGUCUCAUUAAUGACUAGGCAUUCAAAUUGGUGCCAGAAUUUGAUUGAGAGGAAAGUGAAGAGUAUGCUAGUAUAAUGAUCUCGCCCAUGAUCGUGUUACAUGCUAGGUUUGGCUAAAUAAAAUUGUUAGGGAUAAUUCUUGCUAAAGCCAUUGAUUUACAUGUGUAGUACCUAAGUACAUCCACAAAAUCAAGUUGUGAUUGCCGUAGGACUCAUCACUAACUACCCCAAAGUAACUGAAGGUAGUUAUAUAGUUGAUGAAUUGAUGAACAUAAAAUUUUCAAACUUAGCCAAAAUUUUAUUUCUUAUCCUACUGAAAGUUGUCUAGUCUUGCAUUGGAGAUUGUAAUGUGAGAUGGUGAUGUCAAAAAUUCAAAACCCUCCAUUGUCACAUUAUCACAUCUGGUCUCUAUUUACAGAAUAUUUGGUGCACCCGGUAUAUGCAGACAUAUCAUCAGCUAUGCGUAACGAGCUUGAUAAGGAAAUCUUGCUGAAUAUAAUGGCUAACUUGUUUAUGGUUUGUCAAAUUUUUGUAGUCUACUAUUCCAAACUUGUAAUUAUGCUCAACAUCCCACUCUAUCUAGUUAUCUUGUAUCAACUUAAAAAGAUUUCUACAAUCUUAACCUUUAUUUGCCAACCCCAAAUAAUGCAUUUCACUAGAGAAGAAAGCUAUACUGGUGACAUGCUUAGUCUAUCUAAACAGUAGAGUCUUUGGAUUACUUGGUUGUUAGUAAGGUUUGGCAUUGCCACCAACGAUUUGUUAGAGUGGCAACAAUGCUCCCCUUAUGUGGGAGAAGGUCCUGGGUUUUAUUGGAAACCUUAUAAACUUAAAACUGCUGUGUGCUACCUUACAGCACAGAGUUCCAGUUUGGCAAAUCGAUGAAGUUAUACCAUGGGGUUGGGGGUCUUGUUUUGAUUCCUAAUAAGGCCUGCUUUCUUUUUCUAUUUUUUUUAUUUUUUUAUUUUUUAUUUUUUGUUUUUGUUUUUGUUUUUGUGGGUGGUUGGGGGGGUGCUGUCAGUUCCACAUUUGGUUGUGAUCUUCAUAGGACACUUCUUUACGUGACUGACAAGUUUUUAAUGCUAAGGGCUGUUGGAGCCACUGCAGAUGUGUAUUAUGUUGUAGGUUUGACUUUAGGCUCACCUCUGGAAUCCAUGUGAAGAUGAGCCUAGACUUCAAAUGUCACUUAAUGCAUAUACAACACUUGUGGAACCAUAUCCGCUGAAGGUAAACUUGAAGAAAGACCUGCAAGAACAUUUUUACACUACACUUGCUGACCUGGCUUCCUUAGAUUCAGAUUUCCUUUUGAGCACUUUUUUCCAAUUUGUCGAUUGGCAACAAAGAUGGAAGAAAUUUUGUUA